UGUAGACUUUCUCUGGUAUUGGCUGAUCGUUCAGUGAAGUACCCUGUGGGUAUCUUAGAGGACCUCCCAGUGAUGGUUGGAAAUUAUGAGAUCCCUACAGACUUUGUGGUGCUUGAAAUGGGUGAAGAAGCUCAAGACCCUUUAAUCCUUGGAAGACCUUUCUUAGCCACAGCAGGAGCUAUAGUUAAUGUGAAAGAAGGCAAGAUUGAUCUCCAUCUGGGUAAAGGGCACGUUCUGCAUUUCGACAUCAAGGAAGUAAUGAGGAGGCCAACAGUUCAGGGCCAAGUGUUCUACAUCGAAGAGAUGGAUGCCCUUGCUGAUGAACUCCUAGAAGAGUUGUCACUAGAGGACCCUCUACAGCAUGCUUUAACUGUAGAGAAGGAGGCUGAGGUGAUCGAGAACCUGGAGAGUACUGCCUAUGGGAUGAUGCUGGAUUCACACCAGGCGUUUGUCAGUAAGGACCAGUAUGAGGAGCUUCCACAGAUGGUUCACCAACAAGUCUCAGUCACUCAACGAGAGGACAACCAGCAGGAUGACUGGAGUGAACUAAAGGCACCUAAAGUGGAGCUUAAACCUCUUCCCCAUGGUGUAAGGUAUGCAUUCCUUGGUCCUAAUGAAACUUACCCUGUCAUUGUGAGUAGUGAACUUACUGAGAAUGAGCUAUCUGAACUUUUGAAAACACUUAAAAGAUUUAGAAAGGCAAUAGGUUACUCACUAGAUGACAUCAAGGGGAUAUCACCCUCUUUGUGCAUGCAUAGGAUACAUCUUGAGGAUGAAUCAAUGACUUCUAUCGAGCAUCAAAGAAGGUUAAAUCCUAACCUGAAGGAUGUUGUAAAGAAAGAGAUUCUUAAACUCCUAGAUGCUGGUGUUAUUUACCCUAUCUCAGAUUCUAAAUGGGUAUCACCUGUGCAUGUUGUACCAAAGAAAGGUGGUAUCACUGUGAUCAAGAAUGACAACGAUGAACUGAUACCAACAAGAACCAUCACAGGUCAUAGAAUGUGCAUUGAUUACCGAAAACUAAACUCUGCAUCUAGAAAGGAUCAUUUUCCACUACCAUUUAUUGAUCAGAUGCUAGAGAGACUUGCAAAUCACCCAUUCUACUGUUUCCUUGAUGGGUACUCAGGAUUUUUCCAAAUCCCCAUACAUCCCAAUGAUCAAGAGAAAACGACAUUCACAUGUCCCUAUGGCACCUUUGCAUAUCGAAGGAUGCCAUUUGGUCUAUGUAAUGCUCCAGCUACCUUUCAAAGGUGCAUGAUGUCAAUUUUCUCUGAUCUGAUUGAGGAUGUUGUGGAGGUAUUCAUGGAUGAUUUCUCUGUCUACGGAUCUUCGUUCUCUGCUUGUUUGUCAAAUUUGUGCAGGGGGAUUGAGGUGGAUAAAGCCAAGAUCGAUGUUAUGGUUGGUCUGCCUCAACCAAAGACAGUGAAAGACAUCCGGAGUUUUCUUGGUCAUGCUGGAUUCUACAGGAGGUUCAUCAAGGACUUCUCCAUGAUCACUAGACCUUUGACCAGGCUGCUGUGCAAGGAAGCUACUUUCAGUUUUGAUGUGGAAUGUCUACAAGCUUUCAAGAAGCUGAAAGGUGAACUCGUUAGUGCCCCAAUUGUCCAGCCACCUGAUUGGGAUCUCCCUUUUGAGAUCAUGUGUGACGCCAGUGACUAUGCUGUGGGAGCUGUUCUGGGGCAGAAGAAAAAUGGCAAAACUCAUGUGAUCUACUACGCCAGCCAAACCCUCAAUGAUGCUCAAAUGAGGUAUGCCACAACAGAGAAGGAGAUGCUGGCAAUUGUUUUUGCCUUCGAGAAGUUCAGAAGUUACUUGGUUGGGUCUAAAGUCAUUGUCUACACAGAUCAUGCUGCCUUGAGACACCUUCUAGCCAAGAAAGAUGCAAAACCCAGGCUUUUGAGGUGGAUCCUUUUGCUCCAAGAGUUUGAUAUGGAGAUCAAGGACAAACCUGGAGUUGAGAAUGGAGUAGCUGAUCAUUUAUCCAGGUUGAGGAUAGAGUCUGGUGUCCCAAUUGACGAAGGACUUCCUGAAGAGCAGAUCAUGGCUAUCGAAGCAGUGAUAGCAGUUUGUGAGACUGGUAGGAAGCUGGAAGAGGUCAAAGCAACAGAGGAGAAAGAACCUUGGUAUGCUGAUUUGGUUAACUACCUAGCCACAGGAAGAGAGCCUUUGAAUCUUGUAGGCUAUGCCAAGAAGAAGUUCUACAAGGAUGUGAAAAGAUAUUACUGGGACGAGCCCUACCUCUACAUUCUCUGCAAAGAUCAGCUUUAUAGGAGAGUGGUUGCAAAUGAGGAGAUUGAUGGGAUCCUUGCACAGUGUCAUGGAUCAUCCUAUGGAGGACACUUUGCCACCUUCAAGACAGUUGCAAAAGUAUUACAAGCUGGAUUCUGGUGGCCACACAUGUUCAAGGAUACACAAGCCUUUGUUUCGAAGUGUGAUUCUUGCCAAAGAAGAGGGAACAUCACCAAGAGGAAUGAGAUGCCUCAAAAUCCAAUCCUUGAAGUUGAAGUGUUUGAUGUCUGGGGUAUUGACUUCAUGGGCCCCUUUCCAUCAUCCUUUGGCAACAAAUAUAUCCUUGUGGCUGUUGAUUAUGUCUCCAAAUGGGUGGAAGCCAUAGCAAGCCCCACCAAUGAUGCUAGAGUUGUAAUCAAGAUGUUCAAGAGCAUCAUCUUCCCAAGGUUUGGAGUUCCAAGAGUUGUAAUCAGUGAUGGAGGUUCCCACUUCAUUAACAAACUGCUUGAGGGACUUCUCAAAAAGAACGGUGUGAAGCACAAGGUGGCAACUCCUUAUCAUCCGAGGUCUCACAGCGACACCUCGAGGUCGCUCCAGCUGGGAGCGAGGUUAUGGGAGCGACACCUAGAAGUCGCUCGCGGUUUCGUCGUUGUCUCGAGAAAACAAUCACCUCAGAGCGAGGUCUCGGAGCGAGGUCGAAGGGUCGCUCCAGCUGGGAGCGACAUUAUGGGAGCGACACCCUCACGUCGCUCGCGUUUUCGACGGAACGGGCACUCAAGAACUGACGCGGAGCGAGAUUUCACAGCGACACCUCGAGGUCGCUCCAGCUCAGAGCGAGCUUUCUGGAGCGACACUCCGAGGUCGCUCGCGUUUUCAUCAACUCGCGACGCGAGGAAACGCCUCGAGAGCGACCUCUCCCAGCGAGACCCUCACGUCGCUCCCGCACCGGUUCAGGUGAAAAUGGUUAAGAAGACAAAGGGCAGGUUGGAAGCUGAGAGGCAAGAAGCCGAAAGUCAAGAGUUUGCACAAAGAGGAAAAGCUUUAACCAGCGAGCCAACUGGCUCAGGAACGCAGCGGACUGUGCGACAACAGACGUUGGCUGCAAGGAAAUCGAAAGAACACGAGAAGAGGGCAGGGAAAAGUGUAGCGGUUCCCACCCAUGAGGAAGGUGAAACUGAGAGUGAUGAUGAGCCAGCACCUACGAAGAAAGCCAAGAUGUCAAAGGGCAAAGGGGUUGCUGUUGAUCGAGAUAGGGCGAAAACUCCAUCUGUAGAGGAGCUGUACGAUCAUUUGAAGGAUGGAGUCACCUGGGUUCCAACAAGGUUCGCCGACCUCAACCUACUGAAGGAGUUGGGUCUAGACUCUGAUAUUGAGGCAAUGCUGGGGCAUUUGAAGAUGCCGAAACUCCUCACCAUGGCUUAUCCUUUCUACAAGGAUGUCACUUGUCAGUUCCUCUCCUCUCUUGUGGUCACUUACCACGACACGGCGCAUGACGCAUCGGGGCCUAGGUUCAUUGAUGGCACCUACUUGAGGAUUGCCACCUAUUUCAGUGGGAUGUACGGGAAAGACUACGUCUACCACUACUACUUGUACGGCAAGCCAGUCGAGGUGGUUCUUCCAAACCGGAACCUGACGAGUUUAGAGAUACCUGGAGCUAUCAGCUUCAACAUUCCCCAGGAAUACUUUCUUGGAGAACACGGGCCUCUCGAUCCAAUUCAAGCAGCUCCAUCAAGGAGAAGGAGUGUCCCCGUGCAACCUGAACCACCUGUAGCAGACACCCCUGAGCAUAUUUAUGGACCUCCGCGCUACUACUUCAAGCCCCAUGACGGAGUCCUUCCUCCUGGAGCUCUCCGUGAUGCUCAUGACCACAUUGGUCGCCUCCAGCGAUGGAACAAAGCUCAGGACAGAACGAUAGAAAAGCUCAAGGAUAAGUGCAAGGCACUCAGCAAGACCGUGAAGAAGCAGGCAAAGACUUCAGCAAAGUUCAUGAAGAAAGUAGCUGAUGUUUUAACUAGGGGAGGAAUAGCUGGAUGUAGCUCAGCUGAUUUCGCUUUCGCGAACACCUCAAACCCCCAACCUCCACCCCCGCCUGAUGCUCUUGGUUUCCCCCUCACUGCUGCGCAGCUUCAGCGUAAGUGGAGAAACCCACCCACUCAACCUUCCACUUCCGGCAACAAAUCCCCAUCCCUUGCUUCUUCAGAUAGUGAGGACGAGAUUGACGAGGUUGAGAGCCAGCCAUGGUAUGGAGGCUCCGGUACAGCAUCCGGUGGGUACUACACCACCUUCCCUCCUGACGACGACGAUGCUGGGUACACGCUUCCUUUUGAGAAUCACAAUGAUCGAAAGAAACUGAGCCAUGUUAGAGAUGAUGAUUUCAGAACGAUGUGUGAAGCGGGUGAGUGGAAAGGAGUUGUUAAUUUGUUCCUAGUGAACUCAGUAGAUCAUCCUGAGGAAGAGCAGGAGGCUAUAUUGAGAUUCAAACCAGGAAGUGGUCACCUAGAGCUAAGGCAAGUGUUUGACACAGUUGAAGAUUUCAAAGAUGCAUUAGUUGAGUAUGCUUUGAAGGGAGGGUGGUAUAUUAAGGUGAAUAAAUGGGGGAAAAUUAAAUCAGGGGCUGUGUGUGGAACUAAAGACAAGUGCCCAUGGAGAAUCUAUCGCUCUUAUGAAGAGAGAUAUGGGAAGUGGAUGGUGAUGACAUAUGAAGAUGAACACAAAUGCCAAAAGGACGGGUAUAGUAAGAUACUAAAAUGGUAA